AUGUCCACAGCAGUCCCUGCAACUCACUACACCAUAGAUGCCCUCCGCGGUGUCGGUUUACUGCCGGCGCAGUUGGCACUCUCGCGGCAGCCACGACUACGGCCGCAUGUUGGGCACUUAAAAGGUCUUGUCUAUCCCCUUCCUUACUAUGCCAUGUGGCGCGGCAACCACAACAAGUACAUGUACAACCAAAGCACCGUCUCACGUUGGGGAGAGGGCGAGACGCGGCACAUGUACCACCAGCACUAUUCACACGCCAAGUGUCCCACUGACUACGGCCGUGGUGGACGGGAGUUUGAGUACUUGUCUGUAAAACGUGGGCGGCUGAUAAAGAAACCUCUACCGGAGGUACAAUACGUAUCGAAGGGAUCGAAGCCGACAUGGUUAUUCAAGUCAUGGCACACACCGCUCAGUUCGCCGACGAUGUGGGAACGAGAGGUGCAGUACGCAGAACACAUCCCGGAGCAUCUUGGUGCAAAGCGACCACUGGCUGUCGUGGCACCACGCACGAUGCAUCGCUACUUGUUCCUCAUGCACAUGGAGAAGAUUACCAUCACCGUGUCCCCAUACCUCUUUGGGUAUGGGCAUACCUUGCAGAAGGCAGUGAUGGACUUCUAUCGGCGCGCCAUUAGCGCACGUGCACCGUUUCCGAACGACAAGGUAUUUUUGUUUUACUCCAUUGACUGCAUCACCCCACGCAUUGAGGUAGCAUGGAUCGAUGGCAAAACGUAUGUGCCACCCUUGCUGGAGGGGGCGAGUUCUCAGGAUCUCAUUCAGAUGGUGAUGGAGGAGGCGUGGCUUGCCGCAGACCGCAUGGGGGCGGGGGGGCGCGUUCUAAACCCAAUAGCAAUCGACGACUACAAGUGGGAGCAGCUUGUUGUCUUCAAAAAGGUGCGUGAUAAAGAGGCAGCAAAGGGAGGUGGGAAGAAGAAGUAG